UGGAGUGAAACUGUGUUGUUUGCUAUUGUAUUAUAUUUUUCAAAAGAAGUGCUAGUGAAUUAAAGUCAGAAAUCAACGUGAUUAAGCGAAAAUUUACCAAGUUACUUCCACCGCGUGAGAUACUUGAGAAACCUGCAGUGUAUGCCGACAAAAAAUAUACAGUAAUCGCUGGAAAAUUCAAAUUAGUUUAGCAAGUAUUCGGAACUGAAAAGUGUGCUAACAGAAGAGAAGUGGCAGGAGAAUUCCGGUUCGUAGAGUUAGUCCUAGUUGAGUGUUUUUAUUUGCAAUUUUUAGUAUAAAACGUAACCAGGCAGAAUUCGAGGAACCGGUAAAAAAUCAGCGGCAAUCACAACUCUUCUGUGAUUACAUCACAUCACAGCGCUCUCCUCGAGUGCUAUACCUACCUAUUUGGAACGACAGGGAGCAGGAGCGCUAGCACUACACGUACAGCUUGCGAACCAACCAUUAUCCGUCGCAAUAACUAAAGCGGUUGAUAAAAAAAUCGACGAACUUGCGAAAUUGUUUCUGUGCAAGGAAAUGUGACUUUUGUGACGACUUGACUCGUUCAAUUCGCUCCAUUUUGUAACAAAACAAAAAGUGUAAAUACCUAGGAAAAAGAACGCAAUAAAAGGGCUAUUUUGACCGGAAAGCUUGAAAAAAAAAUUCAAAGGACGGCUUAAUAGCAUUGUUAGGGAGCAAAGUAAAUUGGAGACAUAAUACGUGUAACUGUGUGUGUGUAGAUUCUUCUAACGAUACACGGUAAAAGACUAUUAUUCUGAACUUCAUCGAAGUAUGACACAGCGAGAACGGGAUACUUUUAUUCAUCUGUUUGCUGGAGGUAUCGCAGGUACCGCUGGCGCAGUUGUAACAUGCCCGCUAGAGGUGGUCAAAACCCGUCUGCAAAGUUCGUCCGCCUCGUUUAUCCACAGUGUGCCAACCGCACGCAUUAGCGCCGAAACAGGAAAAUUGGCGACAGCCGCCGGCUCGGAUCAUCAUCUGCGUAACAGCAAUGGUUCUAACGGGGACCAUCACAGUCACAGUCACAGUCACACUCAUUCCAGACAACAACGAGUAUGCGCCAGUUCGAUACUAAGUCGUCGACGUCCAUCGGUCCUUGCUAUCCCACAGUGUGGUAUUUCGACGUCGGUGCAGUCGAUCUCGAUCUGGCAAUGCCUGAAGCACAUUGUCCAAACCGAAGGAUCACGGGCUUUGUUCAAGGGCCUGGGACCGAACAUAGUUGGUGUUGCUCCAUCCCGUGCAAUCUACUUUUGUGCGUACUCAAAGGCCAAAAAUGCAUUGAACUCUGUUAGCAUCAUCCCGACCAACUCCCCACUGGUACACAUCAUGAGUGCCUCCUGUGCCGGAUUUGUAUCGGCCUCGCUUACCAAUCCAAUUUGGUUCGUCAAAACGCGUCUGCAGCUGGACUACAACGCCAACGGUAAGAUGACGGUGUCGGAGUGCGUGAAGCGAAUCUACGCAACCCAGGGAUUGCGAGGCUUCUACAAGGGCAUCACCGCCAGCUACUUUGGAAUCUCAGAAACAGUAAUCCAUUUUGUUAUCUACGAAGCGCUGAAGAAAAAACUGACCGAACUGCGCCACACGCGUCCCGGCGAUGAUAAAACGUCCCGAGACUUUCUCGAGUUCAUGGCAGCUGGUGCAACAUCGAAGACGAUUGCCUCCAUCGUAGCCUAUCCACACGAGGUUGCCCGGACCAGAUUGCGCGAGGAAGGAAACAAAUAUCGCAGUUUCUGGCAGACCAUUUUCACUGUGUGGAAGGAGGAAGGAAAGGCUGGACUUUACCGCGGUCUCGGCACACAGUUGGUGCGUCAGAUUCCGAACACCGCCAUCAUGAUGGCGACCUACGAGGCUGUGGUCUAUGUACUGUCGAACCAGAUGAAUACCGGCAGUCUGAUGGUGAAUAACUGAGAGCGGGACUGUGGCCGAACCGUCGAAAGUAGUAGAUACAUUGGCGGUAAAGCUAAUCAUCGUUUCCCUGCCUUAGCUGCCCUUCUGUUUCACGAAGAAACCGGAACGACGUGUGGUGACGUACCGGUCGAGGAACUUGAAUCGUCGUUCGUUGUACAUUGUAUAUGUGAUUUUUUCAUAGAUCUUUAAGAUCUAUCCGUUGAAAGCAGAGAGAGAUUGGCUGAAUUAGAGUAGAAGGGACUGGUAGACGAAAGAAGGGGUUCCACUUUUGUUUCAUCUUUUAUUAUUUUGUAAAACCAUGUUAAAAUAUUUAUACACUAGAUUGGUUAUAUUUUUCAAAGCGAACAAAAUUAGGCGUUAAAAGAUAAAAAGCACCUAACAUUGGUCGAAAAGAGCAAAAAAUAAUAGCUUAAGUAAAGAUUACAAAUCUUGAAUGAAUGAGAGACUGACUGUGUUAACGUUUCAGCAACUACUGUUUACUAUUUUGCAUUCAUUUUUCGGUUUUACGGAAAAUCUUUUUUUCUUGUUCAUCCUAUAAUAAACAUUGGUGUUACCGACGAAGAAACAGCAAGCCAAUCCCAAAUCGUCGUUUUGAUAAUUUUAGCCGUUUAGUCAUGUGGUGAAACAAGCAUGGAGUUGGUAAAAAAUUAUAUUAAUUUUUUAUUAAAUACUUCAGUUUGCUUUUUCGGAAGCUCGAGUACAAAUAGCUUAGGUGUAGUUCAAGCGAAAGCCCAACUGCAGCUCCAGGCAAGCCAAAUUAUACCAAAUCUAGCGACAAGAAAAUCUAUUUAAGGAUGCACAAUAUUUCUGCCACCAAUGCAGCACAGCAUUUUAUAUGGUUUCCGUUUUGAUUAAGAUCUACUACAUCGCACAUUAUUUGAGCUGACAGCGAAUUUUUUCAAGCAGAAACAUAUUUGUAUAUGUUUUUUGUAUCAGUUGCUGAACUGCGGCUGUCCUGCUGGAAGUUGCGGAAAUCAAUUGGUUAGACAUAUAUAAGGUUUCUGCUAUGAAUUGUUCCAUGUAAACAAGAAAGAAUAAAAAUAACAGGACAUAUUACUAGACUUAGAAAUUGCCAAAGCAUUAGUUUGGUUUCGUCUUAAAUGUAUAUAAUUAAAACUAUAUUGUUUAGAUAGAUAGAUAAUGUAAUACAUGGACUGGAAACGUUUUGGUGGUUAAAUGGUCGCGUUUUUUUAUUGUUGUUUGCAGCCUGGUUUGAGAUAUGAGAUAUGUCUUGUUUAGAUAGGCGAACAUAUCUCUACAAAUUUACGUUGAUGUCAUCAGUGCAAUAGGAACUUUGCGUAAUUUCAUGGUAUUUGACUGCCGCUCUUUGAAAAUCGGUCCUAUUUGCAGAUUUGCUCUGGAAAAACCUGGAAUACGAAGUAGUUGUUCUUCACCUAAAGAGUAAUGACUCAAAGCAAAUUUUUAGCUCUCGACGUACUGAUUUGAGCUAUGAGGUGAGCAGCAGGUAAUCCAUGAAAAACACGCCUCUGAUUAUAACCAAUGUCCUAUAGAAAGGCUUAACGAAGUUUAAUUUCGGUGUGUAUUUGAAUUUUAUGCUCCGUUUUUCAAUCUUUUUGGCGACUUGAUAACCUUUUAGAAGCUGUGAUCUGUAAUUAUGUACGUAUACAAUUAAAUAAGGGUUUAAUUUGCUCGUUUCUUUAAAGAGUAGGAACCAGUAGGUACGCGCAUAGUUUCAAAACAUAAUUUCAAUUCCUAAAUUAUUAAAUGAUGUCUUAAGGCACAGAGGCACGUCGUUAAACAAAUGCACAUGAAACCUGUAGCUUUUCAAAAUACCCAAAUUCGAGUAAGGAUAUAGCACAUCUCUCAAAUAUUACCUCAUCAUAUGGUGAAGCAUUGCCAAAAUUUUAAUGGUAAAUCGUGGCUACGUCACAACUCUCAAUAAACUAAUAAGUCGUAGGAUACCAACAUACACAACAUACAGUUAUUAACCAAUAGUCGUGAAAGUGGAGUAACAAAUAAACAAGAAAAAGCGCACGAAAGCUGCAGGUUCCAUGCUUUGCAAGAUUUUGAUUUUACUUCUGGAAUAUAAAUAGUAAAUUUACUUUUUAGAAAAUUAUGCAACGAGGAUUUGAACAUAGAAUCGUAAACAUUUAUUCACUUGUCUAUAUUGGUAUUGUACUGUUUGGAAAAUUUGUAGAUUAUUGUAUACUAAACAUAUUAUUAAACGAAGUCAUCGAUUGAAACACAAAACCUUAUACCUACUGAAUAGUCUUACGCUUGAAACCAACAGAAAUAUUAUUGGUACUAUAUUAUUUCUAGUUCGACAAAAAGGUCGAAAGUACUGUAUUGCACUUAUUUUA